GCCAUGAAGGGCGAGACCCCCGUCAACAGCACCAUGAGCAUCGGACAGGCCCGGAAGAUGGUAGAGCAACUGAAGAUCGAGGCCAGUAUGUGCAGGAUAAAGGUCUCCAAGGCGGCGGCUGACCUGAUGACUUACUGCGACGCUCACGCCUGCGAAGACCCCCUCAUAACCCCAGUGCCCACCUCCGAAAACCCCUUCCGGGAGAAGAAAUUCUUCUGCGCCCUGCUCUGAGCUCCGCCUGCCCCACAUCC